ACAUUUAGACAGUUGAGAUACAAGCAUGUACCAGCAUGACACAAAUAUAACAUAUUAAUAAUACAAAGACAGACAAACAAUUUAACAAAAAAUAAGAAAAUAAAGGAGAAAACAUUUUAAUACACACAGCUUAUCGCAAGUCAAGAUUCUACAAGUGUUCACACACCUUGUCCAUUAAGUGUCAUCCCGUCAACUCGGCGUGUCUUUCUGUAAUUUCAGCUAGUCUCCAGCAGAGGUCGAGCUUGAACGGUUUGGAGUCUGCGGCGCCUGUUCAGUGUUGUCAUGGUAGCAUGAAGGCAGUUCCGUAAACACAGCGGCAAACUGAAUAGCUCGUCCAUGUGAAUCUUUAAUCUUUUAUUACUAUUGUAGCUAAUGUACAGUCGGAAAACAGCUUGUCAGAGACAAAAAGUUCACAUUUUGAAAAAACAAAAUGUUGAUCAGUCAGAGAAAUAAGCCACGAUGUCGAGAAUUCACGGGGCCAACUCCGCAUUCAGUAGCUGUGAGGGCCAGAGCCCCUUCAUCACGGCCCCCAGACCACCUCAUCCUGGAGAGACGGAGGCAGGAGGAAGCCAGGGACAAGUCACUGGAGUUCACCAAGUAUCAGAAAACCUGCGACCUAAAGACCCACUGGGAGAAGAACACGGACCAGCGCAUCGUUUUAGGAGCGAUCAAGCGGCGCGUCGACAACGCCAUGGAACGGUACCAGCUGAGUGUCGACCAGAGGCGGGAGAAGCUGCAGGCUUUACUGGAGGUGGAAGAGGAGGUACUGCUGAAGGAGAUGGAGACCAGGAUGGAGACCAUGCCGGAGAGGCAAGCCAAGAUGCGAGAGAGAGCGAAGGUGCUGAGGGAGAGGAGGGAGAGCGACCGGCAGCUGGUGGUGGCUCAAAAGCUAGAGCAGCAGUUCAGAGAUCGGAGCGAGGAGCUUAGGAGCGUCCAGAGCAAGCGGAUCCAGGACGAGGUGUGCUCCGAGCGGGCUGCUCAGCUGACCAUGCGGCAGGAGGCCUGGAGGCGGCAGGAGGAGGAGGAGAGGCUCUUUGCCGAGCUGUGGGAGGGAGACCGCCGUGCCAAGGAGGAGCGGGAGAGCCGGGACGCGGAGAAGCAGCGGCGGAUGAACCUCCAGCAGGUGGAGUACCUGCGGGUGCAGAUGGAGGCCGUGGAGCAGCAGAGGGGGCAGGCCAAGCAGCUGAAGGAGGAGGAGGCCCAGCUGCUGCGGGAGCAGAGAGAGGUGCUGCAUCUGGAGGAGCAGCGAGAGCGCAGCCAGAAGCUCCAGGGUCAGGAGAACCGUCGCAGGCUGCUGGACCACUCCCUGCGGCUGAAGAUGAAGCGCCUGGCCAGGGAGCAGCAGGACGAGCUGGCCCUGGACAUGAGCAUCCUGGAGCAGCUGCUGGCAGAAGCCAAGGAUGAGAAACAGGGGGAUGUCAUGAGGAAGCUUGAGCUGAGAGAGGAGCAGAGCCGGUACCGGCAGUACCUGGCCGACCAGCUCGACGAGCAGAAGACACAGGAGGCACAGAUCGAGCAGGUGAUCGAGGCGGACCUGAAGCAGACGCUGGCUCGCAGGGCGGAGCAAAGCCGCCUGGUGAGGGAGGCCAGGGACAGGCUGAUGAAGGAUGUGAUGGAGACUCGCCGACUGCAGAUACAGGAGAAGCUGGAUCUGAACAUGCAGAAACAGGCUCAGCUGGCCCAGGAGAGAGACGUGCUCAACAAAUCCAUCGAGGAGGACAAAAUGUUAGAUAAGGAGCAGAAACAACGCCUGAAGCAGGAGUCCCAGGAGCACCAGGCCGACCUGCUGGCCCAGAUCAUGCACCAGCAGCAGCUGAGGGACAAGGAGGAGGCUGAGGUGGAGAGGGAGUACCAGCGAGGCCUGGUCGACCAGGAGCACUACAACAGCAAGAUACAGGACAUCCUCUCCGGGCCCACCUCACUCACCAGGCCUGUCCACCCCUUCAGAAGAACCCAGAGCUCCACCUCUAGAUCUGGAAGGAUCUAGUUAGUCUGAAGCGGAAGCAGGUGGGAUGUGACAGGGAUUACGCCCCCCCUCCCUCCCCAAGAACCCCCAUACAUACACAUGAUGCUUCAGCCUGUGCUUAGCUUCAACCCGUCUACACAGAUUGAAAAGUAGCUGUCCAAAUUGAAUGGUAAUAAAUAUGUUUACACUGAAUGCUGAGUUUGAAGAAGUUGUUUUCUAACUGGGUUGUUUAGUCUCGUAGGCUUGUGUUUGGGUUUGCUGCUGUUGUGACUUAAAACUGACUCUGGUAAGGCUAAACUAACAUUGUUACACAAUGUGUCUUUUGAGUCUUAAGUCUUGACCAAAAAGUUGUGUCGAAAAAGCACACUGUUACAAAGGCAUUACAUUUCGGUUGUUUGAAGAGGAUUACCUUGAAAACACAGUGGCGCCACUACGGAAUUACAUUAGGAUACUUUAGCGCCAAACUCAAAUGAUUAAUGUGCCAUGGUUUCCAUUUCGUUUUUUCUUUCACAUAAAAAGUUAAUUAGUGGUCACUCAGACAUCAACCUCCAACGAUCAGCCUGACUUAACGAGAGGGAAUUAAAACUGGCAUGUUAAAGAAACACCCAGCGAUU